ACAUCCUGGGUCAUUUGGAGAUCUGUGUUUUCUUUGUGGCCAGAGGUUGAUUGAGCAGUUUGGUGUGACAUUUGGGUACAUACUCAAGAGAGGGAAGAUUAUCAGGCAGAAAUUUGUGCACGACUACAAGACUCUGGUGACGUAAGAUCCAUCAUAUGAUGCUAUUAUUAGUCGUAAGAAAGCUAAACUAGACCAUGAGAACAUAUGCAUGGCUGUAAAUUCAAGAAAUCAUCUGUGCCGAUUAUGCCUUUGUUAUUCACACAAAAAAUCCCCUUGUCAGGGAAUACUGCAGAAAUUUACAGAGAGGUUAAUUGUUAUCCAAGCAAGCCAAUAGGGCUGUAUACCAAGCAGUCUGUCAUAUUCAGAACAGACUCGAAUGCUAAGGUUCUGGAAGGAUAUGCAGGUGCUGGGCUUCAUGACAGUGUAAUUAUGGAUAAAGAGGAGAAGAUUGUCUGGGAUUACUCAAGCGAUCGGAUGAUCUUUGAUAGGGGCUUCCAAGUCUCACUCUUCUCAAGAAUUGCAGACGUGGGGAAGAUAUUAGAAGGCCUUUAUGGUUGUCCUCAGGACAUUGAAGGUGUGGUAAAAGAUGGAUUGAUAUACAUAGUUCAGUCAAGGCCACAAACGACCGCAGUCGUGGAUAAAGAGGAGAAUAUUGUGUUGGACUACUUGAGUGGUCGGAUGAUCAUUGAUGGAGCCUUCCAAGUCUCACUGUUGUCAAGAAUUGCACAAGGCAUUUGCGGUUGUUCUAAGGACAUUGAAUGUGUGGUAAAAGAUGGACUGAUAUAUGUAGUUCAGUCGAGGCCACAAAUCUAG